CAUGGCGAAAUAUAGCAAAAACUUUAUUUUAUGCGGUGAUAUUGAUCACUAUUGCCUACUAUGUCAUGAGCUUUUUGCAACGAUACCAGAUGUCGAGAAACAUAUACGUUGGGAGAAACAUAGGAAGAUUAUAAAAGAUCAAGCCCAUUUUCCGAAAUUUCGGAAAGAUUCAAUUUAUAAGAUCGGCAACAACUUCUACUGUGAACUAUGCAACCUUGUCUUACCAGAUAUCACAAAAACAGCCGAACAUAUAAAGACCGACAAACAUAAAAAAUUAAAAAGUAAUCCAGAGACAGAAGCCAAAGCUUUCAUUGGUCAAUUUGACUCGGGCUAUGUUAUUAUAAAUAAAGUUAUACUUAACAGUAAUCAAUGGAAUUCUAUUGUUGAUGGUAGAUGCCAUCUGUGUGAGGUUGAUGUUCAGCACCCCGAUGAGCAUAUUGGAGUCGAGGAUCAUGUAGUAAGGUUGAUUCAGGCUGAAACUACAUAUGAAGGUGAUCGCUAUUAUAGAAAGGUAAACGAAAACUAUCACUGUUUUACCUGCAAAAAAGUUUUCUCUACUGAAGACUUUGAAAAUCAUUGGUCAACCUGUGAAAAUUAUGAUGUUAUUGAUAUAAAUAAAUUGAAAGCUGGUCCAAGCACGAAAUCGAAAGGAACCGUGACAGAUGAUAUAUUAAAAGUAGCUGAACUUGAGAAGAAACUGGUUGAAACAUUACAUGUGGCUUACAACAUAGACGAGGAGAAUAAUAUAGCAAUCUGUAAGUAUUGUGGUGAAGCCGUAGCCAUCAACUUUAAGACCAUGAUUACACAUGUGAAAGACCAGCAUAACAAGCCAGAAGCCAAACCAAAAGGCUCUGAUGAGUCCUCGGAAGAUGAAGUGGUGUACCAAGAAGUGCCGGACUAUGGCAAGCGUCGCUCUGAACUGUCCCAGUAUGGAAAGAAGCACUCCAUCAAACUAAACCACAAUGGUGGUAAAGGACUUUGCUUGCUCUGUGACAAAUACAUUUCUGCUCAUAAGAGUAAUUUCAAAGCUCACAUAAAAGGCGCUAUUCAUCAAGGACAUCUAGUUCUGCUUGGACUUAAAGAACCCAAAGAGGGACAUAAGACCACAGAAGUGUACCAGUCAAAGAGCAUUUUAGAUUGCAGUAUCACAUAUUCGCAAUCCGAGAAAAUGUUUUCGAUCAAUAACGAUGUGUCUUUUGAUCUUAAUAGUUUCUUCUUCAUCAAACCAGUAGAAAAAGAUCCACAUUUCAAGAAGGCUAAAUGUUUCUUGUGCGAUGAGUAUUUCCCACAAGGAAAGGAACUUGAGCAUUGCGGUUCUCCAGCUCAUAGGAGCAAGUUUUUGUCUGCCAAUGUAGUGAAGUUUCAUGGUCAGGGUGAACCAUCUGACUUUAUCCGAGAAAUACGGACGAAUCUCUUCCACUGCGGAUACUGUAACCAGACUCUACCAUUCCUGGAGCAGCUACGCCAGCAUUGCGUGACUGACAACCACAUACUAAUGCAAGAGGAACACAACAACUUCCUUCUGAACACUGUUCCUAUUGAUACAGAUGCUGGUGAUGCCUAUACUCAACUGUUGAAUUGUGCUUUUGAUGAAUAGAUGAUCUCGUUCUUUAUAACAUUGAUGUAUAAAUACCCUUAUUUCAUUUGUUUAGGUUCUUAAUUAACCGAUCAAGUGCAAGUUGGACUCUCGAAACUUGAGUUACAGUACAAAUAGGUUAGAUACCGUAAAACGGGGUGAAUAGAGGGUUUUU